UAAGGGUAGGGUCCAACGGUGGCUUCGGAUCCGUCUCCCCGAUCGGAACGGUCGCUGCUGCCCGAAUGUUCUCUUCUGCGAUGAGCUGCUUCUACGCCGCCGGCGCUAGCUCGCUAUAGAUGAAUGGGUUUUCUAUCUCACAUGGUGCCCCUCUGCAAUGCCCUCUUUCUCUUCCCAAUCCCUCAAAAAACCCGCUUCUUUUCUUCCGAUCAAAUCCAAGCAACGCCCCUGUAUCGUUCAGUCCCUUCUCGCCCUCUCUUCUCAAGGGCACCUGCCCGAAGCCCUCUCCCACCUCGAAUUAUUGGCUCGAAGAGGCAUACGAUUACCCUCUAGCACUCUCGUCCAUCUCUUGCGACUCUGUGCGAAAGUCAAGUCCUUCAAAGGAGGCAAAUGGAUUCAUUUCUAUUUGAAACACACGGGGUUGAAGCGCCCCACCACUAUUGUAGCCAACCAUUUGAUCGGUAUGUACUUUGAAUGCGGCAAUGACAUAGAGGCACGCAAGGUGUUUGAUAAAAUGUCUGCGAGGAAUUUGUACUCUUGGAACCAUAUGCUUGCUGGGUAUGCUAAGUUGGGGAACAUUAAUCAAGCUAAGAAGUUGUUCGAUAGUAUGACCGAGAAGGAUGUUGUUUCGUGGAAUACUGUGGUUCUUGCUUAUGCGAAGAAGGGGUGUCUCAAUGAAGCUAUUGGGUUGUAUAGAGACUUCAGGAGACUCUCUAUGGGGUUCAAUGAGUUUAGUUUUGCCGGUCUUUUGAUUCUCUGUGUGAAGAUCAAGGAAUUGCAGCUCGCAAAGCAGGUUCACGGGCAGGUAUUGGUUGUUGGGUUCUUGUCUAAUGUAGUGCUUUCUAGUUCUAUUGUUGAUGCAUAUGCAAAAUGUGGAGAAAUGGGGUGUGCAAGGAGAUUGUUUGAUGAAAUGCCGGUGAAAGAUAUCCUUUCGUGGACCACAAUGGUCUCUGGAUAUGCUAAAUGGGGUGACAUGAAUUUGGCUAGCGAAUUGUUUCACCAAAUGCCUGAAAAGAAUCCUGUCUCAUGGACAGCUCUGAUAUCAGGCUAUGCGAGAAACAGUUUGGGGCAUGAAGCACUUGAUUAUUUUACAAAAAUGAUGACGUUUCGUAUUAAUCCCGACCAAUAUACAUUUAGUAGUUGUCUUUGUGCUUGCGCCAGCAUUGCUGCACUAAAGCAUGGUAAACAGGUACAUGCCUGUUUGAUAAGAACCAAUUUCAGAUGCAACACAAUAGUCGUGAGCUCUCUCAUUGACAUGUAUUCAAAGUGUGGCAUGUUAGAAGCUGGCUGCCACGUUUUCUACCUUAUGGGAAACAAGCAGGAUGUUGUUUUGUGGAAUACAAUGAUAUCUGCCCUGGCACAACAUGGUCAUGGGGAACAGGCUAUGCAGAUGUUCAAUGACAUGGUUAAAUCGGGUCUAAAGCCUGAUAGGAUCACUUUUAUCGUGAUUCUUAGUGCGUGUAGUCAUUCAGGUCUCGUGCAAGAAGGACUCCGGUUUUUCAAGGCCAUGAUGUAUGAUCAUGGUGUUCUCCCUGAUCAAGAACACUAUGCAUGCUUAAUUGACCUCUUAGGUCGAGCUGGAUGGUUUAUCGAGUUGGUAAACGAACUAGAGAAGAUGUGUUGUAAACCCGAUGAUCGGGUAUGGAAUGCCUUACUUGGCGUCUGUAGGAUACACGGUAAUAUAGAGCUUGGAAGAAAAGUGGCUGAACAUGUAAUUGAGCUGGAGCCUCAAUCUUCUGCAGCUUAUGUUUCUCUUGCAAGUUUGUAUGCUUUUCUUGGGAAAUGGGAGUCAGUAGAGAAGGUCAGGGAACUAAUGGAAGAGAGAUUUGUGAGGAAGGAGCGUGCAAUUAGUUGGAUUGACACUGGAAAUAAGGUCCAUUCUUUCAUUGCAUCUGAUAGAUCACAUCCAUUGAAAGAAGAAAUAUACUCGCUACUGGAGCAAUUAGCCAGCCAUACAGAAGAAGACUUUUCAAUCAUUUGAAAAAGAGGCUGCUAAAAUUAUCGGCAUGCAGGUUGUUUUUAAGACGACCUGUUGCAAAGUCUACCCGUUAAGAAUGAAAGUUGCUGAUAAGUUCCACACAGAAUGUGUUCUCUGUUGGGAAAUUUCACCCAAGUGAAUCUAAUACAUCGGGUGAUAAUGAUCCAUAUGACACCAGAAAUUUUUUUCUGAGGCUGACAUUUUCCUAAUAAACUCUUUGAUCGUGAUUUGUUUAUCUCACUGGUAAUCAAUAAUAAUGGCCAGAGUUAGUUUCUUGAUUCCACUUUUUGUUUGUAUAGUUUAUGUUGUGUAAAAUUUGGUCAUUGUAGCUUUUAGCCAAAUUUCCAUGAUUUUCUUAAAGGGGCGCUCACCAAAGGAGGUAGCACCUCAAAAUGCUUCAGGA